CGAUUAUUUUUCACUCAAUCACUGUUCCUCCGUAGAACAUGUGGAGGAACGUCCUGUAACGCAAAGCGCAAGCGCGUUUCAGUUGCCACGGGCCAGUGACGCACGGACGCGCAGCUGCCCCGAGGCACCGCGAGCGCGUUAGCGGCACACUGUGUGCCAAGUGUCCCACCCGACACAGUCUGCUGCGGGACAUGGGGCAAACCCUGCGAACGAGCGCACACCGGGCUCGACUCUAUCAAGGAAGGCGCUGGAAGAUGGCAAUAUCCACACCUAACGUCUUUGCAGUGCACUGAUGCCGUCAGAACAGAACAGAAAAGAAAGCAGGCAUGCAGCCAUAGUUGAUUCCCUCCAAAACUGCUUAGCCCAAUAGUCCCACUUACUCCUUCAUGCUCUGGCAUCCAUCAUGGUGUAUGGGCAGGUCCUGCACCGCCAAGGCCCCGAGGACAGCUUCAUCAACCUCAACGUCGGCGGCUUUAAGCAGCAAGUGGAACGAGUGCUCCUCCAACGCUUCCCCCACACGCGACUGGCCCAACUCCUCUACUGCAGCUCAGAGGCUGCUAUUCUUCAGCUUUGCGAUGACUAUGCUGCAGCAGAACGCGAGUAUUAUUUUGACCGAAAUCCACGUUUUUUCCGCUACGUGCUCAAUUUCUAUCAUACUGGAAAGAUCCACCUGAUGGAAGAGUUGUGUGUGUUUAGCUUCAGCCAGGAGUUAGAAUACUGGGGCAUCAAGGAGCUUCACCUGGACGCUUGCUGCAGCAACAGAUUUCAAGAACAGAAAGAGUACGCAGGAGAUCACGACUGGGGAAACGACGAUGACCUGCAGAACCAGCUGCAGGACAGCUUAGAUUCAUCUAUGGAGGAACUGUCAGCAUUUGACAAAGACCUGGAAAAGUUUGAGGGCACCUGGUGCUCCGAGAGGCGAAAGGAACUCUGGCUGCAACUGGAAAACCCAGGAUACUCGCGCACGGCGAAAAUAAUAGCGGUGUUUUCGCUGAGUGUGGUACUGAUGAGUAUCGUAGCCAUGUGCGUUCAUAGCAUGCCUGAGUUCCACCAAGUAGACGUUAAUGACAAAGAAGUGGAGAACCCAGUGUUGGCCGGGUUCGAGAUCUUUUGCGUCCUCUGGUUUUCUGUCGAGUUCAUUCUACGAUUAGCUGUCACACCAUGUUUGCUCAAAUUCCUGUGCAAUGCGCUAAACAUCAUUGACUUCGCCUCGAUUGUUCCAUUUUAUGCCACUUUGGCAUUCGAAACCAUGGAUGCGGAGGAAAGCCAGGAACUUGAGAAUGUAGGAAGGGUUGUGCAAAUCCUGCGUCUCAUGCGUAUCUUUCGCAUCCUCAAACUGGCACGGCAUUCGGUUGGGUUGCGUUCUCUUGGGGCGACGCUCCGUCACAGCUACCAUGAGGUUGGACUCCUCAUCCUUUUUCUUUCCGUGGGAAUCUCCAUUUUCUCAGUGCUCAUCUAUUUUGUGGAGAGGGAGGACGAUGAGUCAGAACUGCAGACCAUACCGGUUGGAUGGUGGUGGGCGACGAUCAGCAUGACCACGGUGGGAUACGGCGACACGUAUCCCAUCACGCUGGCUGGGAAACUCAUCGGCACCUUGUGCAUAAUUUGUGGCCUGCUUGUUGUCGCCCUUCCCAUCACUAUCAUCUUCAACAAAUUCUCCAAGUACUACCAGAGACAGAAGGCCCUGGUGGAGUCUGACCAGCUCCAACCAGAUGAUGAAAAACUGCCAAAUCUAAGCAUGCCUUUUCUGUACAUAGGAGACCUCUACGGACAAAAGAUGACUUCUCUGGUGCGCAGCACGUCCUCCAAGAGUAGCGCAGGGAGCGAGGGAGACAUCACUGAUGCUUCCAGCAUUCAGGAUGUUGAAAUUGUCUCCCCUAGUGGGAUGUCACAGACUGUCAAAGCAACAUAAAUCAGGGUUCCUCAAAUCUUCUUUGCAGAGUUUAGCUCAAACCUGUGCUUUUCUAUAGAUCUUCGAGAACCUAAUGAGGUGUGUUUGAUUAGGAUUGGAGCUAAACUAUGCAGGCCAUUGGCUCUUCAGAACAAGAUUUGAGGAAGCCGACUUAAAUGCUUAUAUGCACAACCUCAAAUGAAUCGUGUGGGAAGAAACAAAAAUAAACUUCUUUGCUUAGAUCUGCAGCACAUGUUGAAACACUACAAGACCCUAAGACCGAACUCUUGUGUUUAACUUAGCAACUUCUGGACCUUCAAACAAAAGCACUUUUUCUCUUUAGUUCUCAGGGUGAAAAUAUCUCAAGCUUUUCAUUUAUUUAUGGUUCAGAACUUAUGGAAACUAAUCUUUACAGCAGGAUAGCAGUUACAUUGAUGCUCUAUAUCCAAUUAACAGCACUGAUUGACAGGUGUUUUUUUUAUUCUUCGGACAAGCUGUUUAUUUAAUUACAAGCCUUUCUGCAGUGCCUGUGGGAAAAGAACUAUGCUUAAAUGUUUUAUAGGCAAUGACAGCAUCUAAAAUGCUGGACUUCAGAUGGCAUGUUGGUGUACACCAUCCUCCCUAAUGUGUCCAUCAGAGAGGGAAGGUCGGAAAGAAUGCAUGCAUAUUUCAGCAAGAGAGAGGAGAGGCCACAAGAGAAAAGAAAGCAGGAAAGAGAUGUUACAGUUGAAUAAAGUGUUGAUGUACAGUAGAUUUAAGUCUGUGUUCUUUGUUCUGAAAUCACUGCAUGGGUCUAUAGAGACCUGAAGGAUCUUAAAAGAAAUGGUUUACCCUGAAAUUAAAACGAUUUUAAUAU